GGUGUGACCGCGCUGUACAGAUUUGACCCGCAUAGGCUACACACGGUCGUCGUCGACAGAAAGCUAAACAGCCACCACAAACCUCUUCAGUAUCAGCAGGGUAUAACCUUUACAGAUCUCUUUUGAACGGAACAUCGCAUUUUAACAAGAACAGAAGAGUAACGAUAAGUAAUAUAUCCUACUGUGAAAUAGAUGUCUGCCCCCCUCGGUCCAGACAUGCCUGUGCCAGUACCUAAACCACGGACUCGCUACAAGCGGGCUGGAGGGAGCCCACAGAUCCAGCUCUCUUCUGAUCGGGAUUUGAUACACGAUACACCUGACACAGGAAUUCAUAGCAGAGGUAUUCCACCCGCAAAUGAUUUGCUGGCAGAAAAGGAAGACAACCCUGCCGUUAUCCUAAAUAAGCCUGCCAUUACCAGCCCAGCGGAGCAGAAUCCAAGCCAGUGUAACUUCCUUCUCUUCAGAUCUGAUUCUGGAGUGACUCCAUCUUACCCAGUACUGGACAGUAAUGGACUCUGUCCAUCUGUCUGGUUGUCCUUCUCUCCACACAGUCCGGCUGUGGAUACUGACCCCUACGUCAGUCCGGCUGUGGAUACUGACCCCUACAUCAGUCCGGCUGUGGAUACUGACCCCUACGUCAGUCCGGCUGUGGAUACUGACCCCUACAUCAGGCCGGCUGUGGAUACUGACCCCUACAUCAGGCCGGCUGUGGAUACUGACCCCUACAUCAGUCCGGCUGUGGAUACUGACCCCUACAUCAGGCCGGCUGUGGAUACUGACCCCUACAUCAGUCCGGCUGUGGAUACUGACCCCUACAUCAGGCCGGCUGUGGAUACUGACCCCUACGUCAGGCCGGCUGUGGAUACUGACCCCUACAUCAGUCCGGCUGUGGAUACUGACCCCUACAUCAGUCCGGCUGCGGAUACUGACCCCUACGUCAGUCCGGCUGCGGAUACUGACCCCUACGUCAGUCCGGCUGCGGAUACUGACCCCUACGUCAGUCCGGCUGUGGAUACUGACCCCUACAUCAGUCCGGCUGCGGAUACUGACCCCUACAUCAGUCCGGCUGUGGAUACUGACCCCUACGUCAGUCCGGCUGCGGAUACUGACCCCUACAUCAGUCCGGCUGCGGAUACUGACCCCUACGUCAGUCCGGCUGCGGAUACUGACCCCUACGUCAGUCCGGCUGCGGAUACUGACCCCUACGUCAGUCCGGCUGUGGAUACUGACCCCUACGUCAGUCCGGCUGCGGAUACUGACACCUACAUCAGUCCGGCUGUGGAUACUGACCCCUACAUCACUAACGUAGCUGACUGGGAAAAAUGCCCUGGAUCUGGAUCUGAAUCCGAAUCUGAUGCCGUUACUGAAGAAAUAAAGAACCCAUCCCACAUGAACAAUGUGGCAUCAGGGCAUGUUUGUAUUGGUGUUGUCCCCAGCGGGAAACCUGUGGAAAAGGAGUCUAUGCAGACCAGACCUCUCAAACAGAAGAUCCCACGUGCGGCCACCAUCCGUGUCAGCAGGAGAAAACAGGUAGCAGUGAGCGCUGGUGCUACCCAGGCAGCAGAGUCCUCUCGUAGGGAGAAUGUGGUGUCCCGAUCCAGCUGGCUGGAUGUAUGGAAGGGCCGCAGGCACAAUGUUCUGUGGGCCACCCUGGAUGGACCGUUGGUAUCAUUUUGGAAGAAACGCACAGACAAGUUCACAGACCUAGUGUUCCAUGUGUCAAGCAUCACCAACGUCUGCAAGCAGGACAAAGGACGCUUCUCCCUUUACUUCUGCAAGAAGCACUUUGAGUUCAUGGCGCACAACAAAGCGGUGCAGGAGGGCUGGGUGACGUCCCUCCUGGCCUCUCGUGGAUGGGACCCCCCAGCCCCUCCGGAGCAGCAUGGAGCCCUGACCAUGAAGGACCCUCGCAGCAACAGAGUGUACGCGGCCAUCUGUGGACACAACCUAUGGAUCUACAACAACAAAGAGGAUUUCCAGUUGGGGGUUGGGCUGACCUAUGUGUCCAUGAACGUGGCGUCAGUGAAGCAGACUGGCCGUCAUAACUUCAGCCUCAUCACACCGUACAAAACCUUCAAUUUCUCCACAGACUCAUCGAGGGAGCUGGCGGUGUGGCUGGGGAGUCUGAACCAGGUGAUCCUCAGUGCCCUGUCAUGCAGCGAGGUGGCCCACCGACUCUGGGCCAGCCCAUGGAACAAAGUGUGUGCCGACUGUGGCAGUGCCAACCCCGAGUGGGCCUCAGUUAACCUGCUGGUGGUCGUCUGUGAGGCCUGUGCAGGUCAGCAUCGCUCUUUGGGCAUCCAUGUCUCCAAAGUGAGAAGCCUGAAGUUGGACAGUAAAGUGUGGACUGAACCUUUGAUUCUGCUAUUUGUCUAUUAUGGGAACAAAGCAGCCAAUGAUGUAUGGGGUCACAAUGUGCCGGGUGCAGAGCAGAUCCUGCCAGACUCCUCUGUGGAUCAGAGGGGGGACUUCAUCAGGGCCAAGUACACCAAGGGCCGAUACAGAUUCACCCAUCCUCUAGCCUCCAGCCAACGACUGCUCAACCAGAGGCUGUGUGAGGUGGUGUGUGGCCCUAAUGUCCCAGAGACCAUGUCAUUGCUGUGCUCAGGGGCCCGGGUCCUGUGCCACUCAGGGGACUCUCAGUGCCCCACGCCCAUCUCCCUGGCAGAGCGGGCUGGACAGGCCAUGCAGACGGAGCUGCUUAGACACAACGAAUAUACAGAUGCCCCUGCCUAUGUUCAUCAGGUCACAGGGCCUCUGCUGGGCACCUCUGACCCUCCUUCUGCUGCAGGAGAGGAGGAGCUCCAUGGGAAGUUGGAGGAGGACCGCUUCCUGUUCUCCCAGGAGAACGACUCUGCAGCCUGUGAUGUUCUGGACCUGAGGGAGGUCAUCUCCAUUUUCCACAGCUCCAACGGAUCGACUCAUGAGUUUGAAAUGGUGACUCUGACGGACGAGUUGGUGUGCAAUGCCGACACUGAAGAGGGUCUACUGAAUCACCUGCUUCAUAUUCUCAGGGUGGUGUUGCCCGAGCCCAUAGAUGAGGAGGAGCUGGACGGGGUGUUUGCUGUGUCCCGGGUGUCUCUGAGGGAGGGAGGAGGCCUGCAGCACACUGAGGUCUGGGCAGUGCUCCGUGGAGGUCAGGUCCUCGUCUAUCCUACUGACCAGCAGCGCCACAGAGAGAGGCUAACACUCAACCCUGAGACUCAAUACAAGAUAGAUUCCUCUGAGAACACCAUAGAGCUGGUCACUGGAGAGAGAACCAUGUCCAUGCAGUUUGAACGAGACCACAGCUGUCAGUCCUGGCACAGCCUACUGAAACGAGCAGUGACCACAAAGAGGAAGCAGCGCCCAUCACUGUACGAGCUGCCACCCAAUGCCAUUGGCAAUGUGCCCCCUGCCAUUGAGAGGUGUAUCUCACACAUCACACAAUAUGGCCUGAAGGUGGAUGGGCUGUACCGGCGCUGUGGCUUGGCCACUAAGGUCAGCAGUCUGGUAGAAGCCCUCAGCAGAUCACCUAAAACUGCCCCUCUGGAGAAAGAUGAACAGGGUCUCCUGGACGCUGCAGGGGCCCUGAAGCAGUAUGUCCGCCAGCAGGUGGUGCUCAUCCCUCAGACACAAAGGGAACUGUGGGUCAAGGCUGCAGCCCACACAGAAGAGAACCUUAGACUGGCCACCUACCGCAGACUCCUGAAGAAGCUGCCCCCUGACAACAGAAUCACACUCAACGCCCUGUGUGGACACUUCUACAUAGUUCAGCUGUACAGUGUAGAGAACCGUAUGACAGCUCAGAACCUGGCGCUGGUGUUUGUCCCAACACUGUUCCAGGAGCUGGCCAUGAACACAAACAUGGUGCGCCUCACCAGAGAACUCAUCAUACACCACACACUCAUCUUCCUGGGUAAAGAACAAGAGUCUGACAUGGAGAGUGAAGAACUCAUAACAAAAUUAUAGAAAAACACAUGUAUAUAUUUGGCUUUGGCUGUCAAAGAAAGCUUCUAUGGGAAAGAUAUAUUUGGUUACAUAGUGCCCCUAGUUACAUAGUGUAGUUUUCACAACCUCUUUGAACUACACAUUUAGGCCAUGGACUGGAUUAAAUGUAUUUUUUCUGCUAUAUUCAUUUGGGGAUUAUAUUCAUUUGGGGAUUAUUGUAAUUUAGGUGAUGGUAAAAUAAUAACAAACCAAGCUCAAAUGGUAUGUUAGUGCCUUCAGAAAGUUUUCACACCUUUUGGACUUUUUCCACAUUUAGUUGUUGCAGCCAGAAUUUAAAAUGGAUUGAAUUGAGAUUUGUUGUCCUUUGACAUUUAAAAAAAAAAUGUG